AUGGCUUGGCUGCCCACCUACUUUGUCGACACCCUCAGCGUCGACCUCAUGCACGCCGCACAGACCGCCCUCCUCCCGCCUCUCGCCGGCAUCGCCGCCUCGGCCGUCGCCGGCCCCGCCUCCGACGCCCUCAUCUCUCGCGGCGUCCCCGUCGCCGUGACCCGCAAGGCCGCGCAGACCAUCGCGUUCAUGGUCCCCACGGUCUGCCUGCUGGCGGCCGCGGCGGGCGCGGACGACCUCCCGCCUGCAGCCAGCGUGGCGCUCAUCACUGCGGCGCUGGGCGUGUCCAGCUUCAGCCUCGCGGGGCUCUACUGCACCCACCAGGACCUCUCCACCAAGUACAGCUCCGCCCUCCUCGGUCUCACCAACACGUCGGGCGCGGUGCCUGGCAUCAUCGGCGUCGCCGCGACCGGCAUGCUGUUUGACGCAACUGGCAGCUGGGCGGCGGCGCUGUUCCUGCCGACCGCCUUCUUCCUGACGACAGGCGCCGCGGUGUACGGGUUUGCGGGCAGCAACUCUGCGGAGGACUUCGAUGCGCCGGGGCUGGAUGCGCCGUUUGACUGGGAGACGCGCAUCAGGGGCGGUGUGAAGGGGGCAGUGGGCGGCGCGCUCGCGCGGCUGGGGCUGCGCUGGCCCGGCGCUGGCGUUGAGGGCAAGGGGGAGUGA